UGGAGGAGAACAAAUCAAUAAAAAGCCUCAGUUGCAAUCCUGACUCUUUAACGGUGGCUGCCAGACACCGACGUCAACAAUGAGGCUUGUAAUAUGUUGGCUGAUGCUCCUUCCGCUUGUGACAGCAGCUCCAAUCAGAGCUCGAAGAGAAAAUGUUCUAAGCUUUCUGAAAGAGGCCCUCGGCACCACCGCGGGAAAGACCAUAUCUGCAAUUAUGACAGCACACAAAAAUCCUCCCAGCGAACCAAAGAAAGAACAUGAUUCACAAGAUCUUUCAGAGGAUCAGUCUUUUGAGAGUGCCAAUCAAGACACACUUGCAGACCUUGACAGCGAUGAGAUGCCUCAAACAAAGGAGAACGCUAAAGCUCCGCCUCGCAGGCAAACGGGAGCAGUGCGUACGAGCAGCAGACGAGCUCAAGAUCAACAAAGUGGAGAACACGCUGAUCUUCACAGUGAGACGGACAUUACUGACGGUGUCAACAUGUCAAGCAUAGCGUCCGUCCAAGGCAGCAGUCUCCAGAGGAAAGCAUCUGCUGAAGGGUUGCGCUCGUUGGCCCCGAGCAGAGAAACGGUGGACCAGGCCAGUUUGGAGACGAGACCUGCUGCGGUCGUCGGAGAAACGGACGAUGAUGGUGAGUUUAAAAGUCACAGAAAACAACAGAAGAGCGCUCGCAGUGAUCAAAAUUCUGAGCACUUCAUCGCAAUAUUCCCCCAGAAACGAAAGAAUUGAUGACCUCUGAAUCACAUUCAUUUGGGCCAGGAUUGCGGAGAGUUGGCAUCUAUCCCAGCUGACUUUGGACAAAAGACGGACUACACCCUGGGCUGCUUGCCAAUCAGUCGCAUGGCACAUAGAGAGACACACAACCCCAUCACACUCACAUCUACACCAUCACUGAGUGGGAACUAAAAUGCAAGCGGGUGUGUGAACCAAAAUGGAUGACUUUUGUUACCUUUUUUUUUUCUUCUUAAAAAUAGAAAUUGGGUUUUAGUGAAGCUUUUUCUUCUUCUUAUCUUGUGUUACAGUAGUCUUUAAAAAUGGUGCAAAUUUGGUUAUAGUACAAAGAAUACAGGAAGACAGAAGAAGAUGACAAGAGGUCUGGACAAAAUUUACUUUGGAUUCCUUUUUGUUUUACCUUAAUGCAUUUCUAUGUUUAAGAAUACCUGUUAAUUUUGUUAUGGUUGGUAUGGUAUGUGUUAAGCUAUGACACAAAGGUUAUAUUCAAAACAGCGGGCCAAGAGAAUGAUUAUGAUUUUCUUUAGCCUUCAUAAUUUUUUUCAUGUUUCCAAUAAUCUUGAAAAUAAAAGCAUAAGGGACGAAAUG